AAUGAAAGUUGGAUGAGAAUAAAAAUAAAAUGAAGGGAACGGAUUACUUUUUUCAACUUUACAUUUAUGGUUGAGUGCAGGAGUGGGGAAAGGAUUUGGUACUGAGAAUAAGUGCUGCUUAAUUUAAUUAUGCUAAUUUUGAUUAGGUGGGAUCAGGUGCCGUAAUUUCUUCCCUAACCUGAUUCUUAAAAUCAACAACCAUCUUCAUGUCACAUACUAUCAAUGUCUCACUUCAAUAAUAGAUGGAAGGAGACAACAAAGUAGUUGUCCUGCUUUCAUUUCCUAACAUAAUACUAAUAUCUAUGUCCCUGUUGCCUAUGAAACUUCUAAAAACCACAAAACACACUAAGCCUUACCUUCUUUUCUGUCACAAAAUUUGAGUCUCUCAUUUAGUGCUCUCAAUUUAGAAGAAACAUUCCAACUAUUCAUGUUGGAAAACAUCACAAGCAAGGUAAAACAGUACAUCAAAAUCAUUUUGAACCUUCCUUGUCAUGUUUUCUUCAUAGUUUUUGUGCUUCUAUAACAAAGUGGUUGAGUUGAGAACUUUUCCGAUCUCAAGUUCGCUGCACCGCUUUUCUAAGGUAUUGUCUACUUUGGAUCAAAACCAUUGAAUCUACAAUGGCUCUCCGUCAACGCCUCCACCGCCUUUUGCUUGACGCAGAUUCAACUUCAACAACUGCAUCAGGUUACAUGAAUAGGUCAAGGGAGCCUUUCACAACCCCGGGUGAUUCAAAUUUUGACACCAACAUGGUGUUUAUCUUGGCAGCUUUACUUUGUGCACUUAUUUUUGCAUUAGGACUCAACUCAAUUGUAAGGUGUGUUCUAAGAUGUAGCAACAGGUAUGCUUUUGAGACACCAGAUGAAGCUAUGGCUCGUUUAGCAUCAAAGGGUUUAAAGAAAAGUGCAUUGCGUAAGAUCCCUGUAGCUGUUUAUGGUUCUGGAGGUAGUAGUACUAGUUUUGCAGCCACAGAAUGUCCAAUUUGUCUUGGGGAGUUUAUGGAUGGAGAGAAAGUUAGAAUUCUGCCAAAAUGUAACCAUGGAUUCCAUGUAAAAUGCAUAGAUACUUGGUUGCUUUCACACUCCUCCUGUCCUACUUGUAGACAGACUUUGAUUGAAUAUCCAACUAGUUGUGGAGCUGCAUCUGCUGUGAAUGUUGCUGUGGCUGCAAGGACCACAAAUCAUGUAGAUAAUGGCUUAGGAGGGCAUGAACAUAUGAACCUUUUAGCUAUGGAAGAAGUUGGCUGUUUGUGAGUUGAAAUAUAGCACCGAUACUUCAGAUUGAAGGCGUGUCCAAUGUCCAGACACAUCACCGGCACACUUGUUACAUUCACUAACUUUCAUUUUCUCAAAUUAUUAGUAGCGUCUACAUGUCGUUCUUAAAUGUCGAGUCUAUGUUAGUACUUCAUAGGUUGAAAUCAAACUCUCAAACAUCCAAGUUCUUCAACAAAAAAAAGAGAGAGAAAGGGUUGAUUGUGGUUGCAUUGCUAUACUUGAUAUUGAAGUAAAUAAUGACCAAAUGUAGUCAAAAUAUGCUGAAUUGCGGUUGUGACAUGGUUGCCGUCUUGCAGAGACAUAAAAAACCUAGAUUGUUUUCAAGGACUUUUUUCCAAAAUCUGAGUUUAGUCUUCAAUGUGGAACUUUUUAUGUUUAUGGCGCACUUGUAUCAUACUAUUAUUGUUCUAAGAAUCAAAGAUAUUAUAGCAGUAGGAAAAACUGUUGGAAGAUGAUUUCAGGGACCUUCAACAUGUGUGCAAGUUUUUCUGACAUAUGGUAUAGCAUGAAGUCUGAAUGUUUGUUGUCUGUAAAUAGAUUGUAAGGAAAUUAUGCACAACUAGUUCGAUACUUUGGUGACAUUUUGUGUUCAGAAAUAGAAGAGAAAAACUUGCUUCAUUUUUUCUUA